CUUUCGUCAUGCUCCAGCUCAGGCCCUGGAGGCGUCUCCUCCUCCUCUGCCUCUCCUUCAUCCGGGUCUUCCGCUCGCGGGGAAAACGAAGCGCUCUGACUGAGUGUGGCGCUGGGCACUUCAGAAGAUUCUGUGCAACUAAGCUUUCAAUGGGCUGCUUUUCAGACUACAGAAUUUGGGAACAGAAGGCAUAUUUUGCCUGCAGGAAGGGAAUAUAGUGGAUUGUUCUCUCACCAUGUUGGAGAUUGAGGAGAAUCUCCAGGCAGCUUUCAAAAAGCUAAGGGUUGACUCAGAAGGAUCCACUGUUUCUCUUCCUGUAAAUGAGGGGACACCUUCAAGAGCAUUUUUAAGAAGUUCUGAUGAGGCUGAAGUGAAGACUGUAUGUAUGCCCAAAGAAAGCUGGCAUUGGUGUUUGAGGAAAUCUGUGAGAGGCACAGUGAGAACACAACGUCGCCGGAGGUCAAAGUCUCCAGUACUCCAUCCUCCCAAGUUCAUCCACCACACUACCAAAUUGCCAUCUUAUAGCCAACCACUGCACAAGAACCUUCUCGGCACUUCUGAUAGCAACUGUGGCCUGGUUGUGCCAAGCUCAAAUGAAUUUUCCAACAACAAACAGGCCAGUAGUACUCUCAAUGAUGUUAAGAAUCAGCAAACAGGUGCCAAACAUUCUGUGAUAUCCAUGGUUGCAGUACAGAAGAACACACCUGAAAAUGGCUCAACAAUUCUAAAGGCCACAGAUCUUUCUGAUUUCCAGUCAGUGUCUGAGCAAAAUAAAGAGAAUCUGUGUGCAUGUGUGGACAAGACCUAUCAAUGUAAGCAUUGGCAGGACAUGAGAAUGUAUAUGUUUUCUGGCCUACAAAAUGCUCUUCAAUCUGCAACUGAAAAAGCAACACACAUGCAGGACAAUUCCCAACUUUUGCCAUCAAGAAUUCCCUCCUGCUGUCUUAGGUCUUGCUCUGAGCAAGCCAGGACUCCUGUGGAUGAUGUGACCAUUGAAGACCUUUCAGGGUAUAUGGAAUAUUUCCUUCAUAUCCCUAAGAAAAUGUCCCACAUGGCAGAAAUGAUGUACACCUGACAGCAGUGGGAUCUGAUGAGCAAAAAAUGGUCACACUCCCAUCUAAAAAGCCAUGGGUCUCUGUGCUUGUAAUAAAGACAGUGCACUGCAAAA